UUUCCCAGCUUCCAGGUUCCUGCGGCUUGUAAUCCAUCAGCGAAGCUGAUCCCACAGAAGCUCUCGAUUCCUGGAAGUUGUGAGCCGCAGCAGCAGCAGCAGCACCUCCACCACCAUCACCAGCAGCAGCAGCCGAGGUGUUCUGGAGCUGGAGAAGAACCGCUCGUCGCAAAGUUUCCUGGAAUGGAUAGCUGCUUGUUGUGCCAGUCAAGAGCGCCACAAGCAGACAUUCCUAUGAAUCUGUCCGCUCGGCAGCACCUUCUUCCGGCGUUGGGAAUACCCAUGCUCCAAGCCAAGCCUCAGUUCAAUCCAACGACGAUGACGAGCCAGCAGUGGACGAAGCAACGAAACGAUGGAACUUUGAAAUGGUCGGGCGUCCCACCACCUCCGUGUCAAGGGGUGGCAGAAAAUACCUCGGCCUCGAAUUCCUCCCGGCUCUUUGGCGAGCAGUCUGCUACUGUUGCUACUCAAGGCGACGUCGCUUCGCCGCAGAGUACUAUAUCUCAGCUCUGCGGUCCUUUACAAGAGAUGGGAGGCCAGAGGAACCGUGUCAAGGGGCAGUGGAGCUUAGCCGAGGAUAAGUCACUCGUGAAGCUCGUCAAGCAGUAUGGCACGCGACGCUGGUCGCUCAUCUCGACGUUCAUGGCGAGUGAGUUUCACUGUUAGCAAUGCCUCUUUGGAUUUAUGAAGAAGUGAGGUAAAACAUAAGAAAGCUGGGGCUGGGGAUGAACACUACGUGGGACUGAAGUGAACUUGGGGGGCUUGUUUCACAGAUCGCUCUGGAAAACAAUGCAGAGAGCGAUGGGUGAAUCAUCUCCAACCGGAUAUUAGAAAGGAAGGGUGGACAAAGGAAGAGGAAGAGCUGCUAGUUCAAGCGCACUCUUACUUUGGAAAUAAGUGGUCCGCCAUAGCGAAGAUGCUACCUGGAAGAACUGACAACUCAAUAAAAAACCAUUGGCAUGCUGCUCUUCGUAAGAAGGAUCGGCAUGGCAAAUUGAGGUCCAAUCUUUUGAGGGAAUACAUCCAGCAAAAGAUGGCCAAAGCUGAUAGCUCAGGUUCUCAGGAAGCGACAACGACGAGUUUGAGUAUGGCCCAGGAACUGGCGCCAACAAUCUUCGUCGGAGCAACAAGAGAAAGGCAGGACUUGCGCUGUUCAAAGGAACUAGCAUAGUCCUGUCCAACGAAAGUGAAAAUAUCAUCAAACGUUACAUACGUUCGCGUCCUGUCAACCGCAACUUAGGCGGUGGAUGUUCCAUAUAAAAGCUCGGGUAAUGGGGAUCGUCACAUUUCUCAACCAGCAAUGGCUGCUCCUCUCCAUCGUCUUCUUGCCGCAGCCAUCGUGCUACUUUCGGCUCAGGCAGCGCAAGGGGUUGAGAAGAAGAGAUUGUUCCCAGCUAUCUUCGUUUUCGGGGAUUCACUCGCUGACAAUGGGAACAAUAACUUCUUCUUGACUCUCGCUCGAGCUGAUAUGCCUCCCAAUGGCAUCGACUUCCCGACUGGCCCGACUGGGAGGUUCUGCAACGGGAAGACGAUCAUUGACGUUUUGUGCGACUUCGUUGCUCUUCCAUAUCCGCCUCCGUCUCUCGCUCCGACGACGACGGGACCAAUCAUCUUAACGGGAGUAAACUACGCGUCGGCUGCCGGUGGCAUACUCGCAUCCAGCGGUAGAAACUACAUCGACAACAUGCCAUUGCUAAAGCAGCUCCAGCACUUUAACGUCACUCUCGACGCGAUCCGCAAACAGCUCGGCGUCGCCAACGCCACCAAGCACGUCUCCGACUCGAUGUUUGCGAUUGUAAUCGGCAGCAACGAUUACAUCAACAAUUACUACAUCAACAGCACCACUCGCUCGCGUUACACAACCAGAGAAUAUCGAGAAGUACUCAUCUCUUCACUGGAGAACAAUUUUAUGACCCUCUAUUCCAUGGGAGCAAGAAAGUUCGUCGUGUCGGGACUAGGCCCGCUGGGUUGCAUCCCGUCCGAGCUAAACAGGAGAAACUCUACUGGAGAAUGCGUGGAGUCUGUCAAUCAUAUGGUAACCAGGUAUAACUUGGCUCUCAGGAAAAGCAUCAAAAGGAUGAAUUCAAAGCUGAGAGGAGCGAAGCUCAUCUAUACCGAUGCUUACCGAGCUCUCCUCGAGAUCAUCCAUGCUCCAUCGUCAUUCGGCUUUGAGAACGUCAACAGUGGUUGCUGUGGAGCUGGGAAAUUCAACGCCCAGUUGCCGUGCUAUCCGCUCAUAUCGACCGUAUGCAAAACUCGUAGCAGCUACGUAUUCUGGGACGCUUUUCACCCAACCGAGGCGGUAAACGUCCUCCUUGGCGCCAAGUUUUUCAACGGCAGCCAAUCGUACGCUCGUCCCAUAAACAUCCAACGGCUGGCAUCUGUCUGACGUGUAUCCUUUCUUUUCGCCAGUUUGGCAAAAGAUAUAGUGACAUGUGGAGCUGACGUGUUUUAGGGUUUAAGCAAGGAUAGGGUUUUUGCUCAUGGCGGGAGGCGCGAGCGCCGUGAAGAAAGAGGCCGCGGCCGCGGCGUCGUCCGUGGCCAAGGAGGCGGAGGAGCCAUGGCUGAAUGCGAAUCCCACAGAGCACUACAAGCAUUAUGGCAAGAAUUUGCGGGUAAAGAAUUGGGCCAUGGCUGGAGGGCUCUUGUGCUUCGUGGCGGGCGUCUACGCCUACACGAUCCAUGCGGUAGGAUCGUCGGAUGAGCUGCAAAAGGCCGUGGAGGAGUAUGAGAGGAAUCAAAAGGAAUUGCAGCGGCAGCAAAGUGGAGGGCAAGUUCCAAAGCCAGCAUAAACAGGAAAAGCUAAACCCGUUGCUGUCGAUUCAUUCACCAGGUCUCCAGCGGAAAUUUCCUGCGGUGGCCGCGUGUGCUUGUACCGCCAAUAACACAAACGUUUUCUUUUGUGCUCUUGAUUGAGUGGAAGCAGCACCAGCAUCAACCAAAACGUUUUGGUUCACCAAACAUGGGAUUCUUCGUUUCCCUUUCGCUCGUUUGUCCAUUUCUUAUUCCUGAGGCCCGACUAAACAUAUUCGCGACUGCCCAGCUACGCGAGAAAAGCCCACCA